AAGUAGUUUUUCAAUGCCGCGAUGAGGGUCCUGUACGUGCAAAAGUUAAAUGGACCCGAGCAAAUGGUUUGCCACUUCCUCCUGGAUCACAUGACUUCAAUGGCCGCCUUGAAAUUCCGAAUAUUCGGUUCGAUCAUAACGGUGAUUACGUUUGUGAAGCUAUUGAUUAUUCAAAAACUGCACCUGGCAGCAGAAAAACUGUAAAUCUUAUUGUGGAAAGAUAUUAUCCUGCUGAACGUCCACCUUCCGCAUGUUCAAUCACUCAAGCUACCUGCAUGAACGGAAACUGUAUUUCGAAGUUAAAAAUAUGUGAUGGUCAUUUUGAUUGUGACGAUGGAUCUGAUGAAACUGGCUGCAGUAAGGCUCAACAUUGUGAACCAAAUGAGUUCAAAUGUCGGAACAAAAAAUGUGUGCUUAAGACAUGGCGUUGUGAUGGGGAGUCAGAUUGCGGCGAUGGUUCUGACGAAGAAUACUGCGCUACGUUACCACCAAAUGCAGCUUGUCAGUACAAUGAGUUUCAAUGUCGCAAUGGUCAGUGUAUUCCGAAAUCUUUUCAAUGUGAUUCACAUCCAGACUGCCUCGAUAAAUCUGAUGAAAUUGGUUGCAUGCCUCCUUCUGUUAUUCAACCCCCACCGCCAUCUUUAACCAUUCCUGCUAAUGGAGUAUUAAACAUUACCUGCCGGGCCACAGGGGUUCCUAUUCCACUAAUUGUAUGGCGUCUUAAUUGGGGCCAUGUUCCGGAGAAGUGUGAGUCAAUAAAUGAUAAUGGUUUAGGCCUACUUACAUGCAAUGAGAUGCAACCCAUAGAUGCUGGUGCAUAUUCCUGUGAAAUCAUCAAUUCUAUGGGCACUCACUUCGUUUCCCCUGAUACAAUAGUCAUUGUGAACGACAACAAUACAAUAUGUCAGUCUGGUUAUUUCAAUAGUAAAGCUAAAAACCCCGAGGAAUGCAUUAGCUGCUUCUGUUUUGGAGUAUCCAAUCAUUGUAGGAGCGCAGACUUAUUCUCAUAUGCCCUACAACCUCCGGUCACUUCUCUCACUAUUGUGGGGGUAGAAGGCCCGUGGAUUGGUCAACGGCAGAUUAAAGAAAGUGAAUUCAUUAAUCACGAUUUAGUAGUAACAAGGCACGGUGUGCAGCUAAGAUUGGCGAAUAUUAUUCCCGGGCGACAAAUUCCAUACUACUCUCUACCAGCAGAAUAUAAAGGAAAUCAACUCAAAUCUUACGGUGGAACAAUUCGAUAUCAGAUUGAAUACGAUGGAAUCGGCCUGCCUAAUAAAUCGCCAGAUGUAAUAGUAAAGGGACACAACAUGGUUCUAAUGUAUUACCAAAGCACUCCUUUUUAUCCAAAUGAAAGAAAUGCUGUAUAUGCUCACUUUCUGCCGGGAGUUUGGCGCAAACUAGACAAUUCUUUAGCUACACGAGAAGAUGUAAUGAUGACACUGACUAGUGUCGAAAGUAUUUUAUUAAAAAUGUUGUAUGUAGAUGGGAUGGAACGUAACAUAGAACUACUCGGUAUUACAAUGGAUUCCGCUGCAAGUAACGAUUUUGGUUUGGGUUCCGCAACACUUGUCGAGGAGUGUAGAUGCCCACCUGGGUAUAAGGGUUUAUCGUGUGAAAAUUGUGAUAUUGACUACGUCCGGCAAAGUACUGGUCCGUGGUUAGGGCGGUGUACCACUAAAUUACAAGACUGCCACCCAGGUUAUUAUGGCGAUCCUAACCGUGGAAUCCCAUGUCAACCUUGUCCAUGCUCUACUUCAAAUAAUAAAUCAAGAGCAAGAACAUGUUUCUUGAACAGCUAUAACGUUGUAGUUUGCAAUUGUGAUGAAGGAUAUACGGGUGACAGAUGCCAGCUAUGUGCUCCAGGCUACAUAGGUGAUUCAAACACUGGCAGUUGCGAGUUGCCUCCUGCUUCUAACUGCAAUUCCAAAGGCACCAAACAAGUGCUUCAAGAUGGUAAAUGUCUUUGCAAAACAGGAAUUACCGGAAACUACUGUGAUCGAUGUCAAUCUGAGCAUUUCUUCAUGCACGAAAAUGGUUGUGUUGAGUGUUUUUGCAUGGGUGUAUCGAGAGUAUGCACUAGCACUAGCCUAAUGAGAGACACUUUGCAAGCAGUUUUCAACGAUGGUCAAUCAGGAUCAGGAUUUUCUCUCGUCUCUGAUUAUACAAAUCCAGCAAUAAUCGCCACUGAUCUUCAAACCUCCAGUCGUGGAAUAGUAUAUCGCAACUUCGGGACCAGUGACGACACAUUUUACUGGAGAUUACCUGAAAAAUUUCUUGGCAAUAAACUAACUUCUUACGGUGGAUUCUUGAACUACACGCUACGAUAUACUCCACAUUCUUCAGGGGGUGCAUCUAGGAAUAACUCCCCUGAUGUUGUACUUCAUAGUGGUAACAAGAUAAAGCUUCAUCAUUACCGAACAAAUAGUUCUAUAUCACAAGUUGGUCCCAAUUCAAAUACUGUACCGAUAUUAGAAACCUACUGGCAAAAUUAUGAAGAUGGAAAUAAAGUGCUUCGUCCAUACCUUCUAAUGGCCCUAGCAAAUGUGAGCGACAUUUUUAUUAAAGCAACGUACAAUACUGUUUCUAACGAGGCUGUUUUGUCGCACGUCAGUCUAGAUGUUGCCUCGGAAUAUGGUGACGAAUCUGGAACUCGUGCAUGGUAUGUGGAGCAAUGUCACUGCAUUCAUGGGCAUAUAGGAUUAUCGUGUGAAGAUUGUGCGCCUGGUUAUUACAAAGGAGAUGGAGGAUUAUACCUUGGUCUUUGUGAAAAAUGUGAAUGCAAUGCGCAUUCUGAUGAAUGUGAUUCGGUAACCGGAGCUUGUCUCAAUUGUCGUCACAAUACUUAUGGUUCUAGUUGUGAAUACUGUCGGCCACCUUAUAUCGGUAAUGCUACAGGAGGAACUCCAUAUGAUUGUUCUUUAAACGAGCCGGACGUUGCAUUUGAUUGUCGACAUUGUGACCCACGCGGAUCGUUAAACCGAUGCGAAGAUCGAUGUGAGUGUAAGCAAUUGGUAGUAGGUUACCAUUGCGACCGCUGCAGAGAAGGAUCGUUUGAUUUGAAUAUCCAAAAUGAAGAUGGAUGUAGAGAGUGCUUCUGCUCGGGUGUAACUAAAACGUGCAGUGAAUCCCGAUAUUACCAAGAGGAUAUUCCAGUAUUAAUAACUGGAGACGACGAUGGAUUCUCGCUAGCAAACCGCGAUGGGUACAUCCUUGCAAUAGAUGGGUUUGAAAUUGCCCCUGAAAAAAACGAAAUAAGUUUUAGUUUUAAAGAUCGCACCACAUACUACUGGAGCCUUCCCAGAAGGUUACUUGGUAACCAAAUCCUGUCAUAUGGUGCAAAUUUGACAUUAUCUCAGAGUACAGUUGGAACUGAACCAUAUCCUGAUCAUGAUGUUAUAUUGAUUGGAAAUGGUCUCAAAUUAGUCUGGCAGCGAUCACAUUAUGAGAAUGAGUAUAGAGGAAACAUUAUGUCACCAAUCAGGAGAUCGAACAUAGGUUCACGCAGUCGAGACGCAAGAAGAUUAACGAUCCGCCGCGAAAAUCAAACACCUCAGCAACGCUCCGAAGCGAAUGAGCAACUACGAGAACGUAUGUCGCGAAUUCGGGCAGAACGAUCCCAUCAGGAACGAGAUAUUCAUGCAGCAGCAGAACGACUUAUCCAGCAGCAAAACCACGGUAUGCAUCGUCGAACCACAUCAAGCUCCAACCGUAGAGCUAGAAGAAAUACCGUGAACAUACAGUUGAAACGUGCAGCUUUCAAAUACGACUGCACGAUUGACUGCAGCGAAUUAUUAUGUGUUACGAUAGGACCAAUGGAUGUGAUUCAAGGACAAAUUCAUCAUCGAACUGGAUCAUUGUUGCCACCAGCAAAUGAAGAACACAAAUUCCUUCAAAUUUAUUUCGUUGGAAAUGAGGAAAGCGAAAUUAAUCAACGAUGUGCGAUUAACCGUGCGAUGAAACGCCAGACGAUCGCGGAAUUGCAGGAACUUCUUCACGAACACAACGCAUUGGUUCGGUUAUUUAAAAUGGCAUUGGAGGAGAUGCCGUCUAAUGAACACGCAAUAGUCAUCAGAGCAGAUAAACGACCAAGUGGGAGUCAUGAACGACAAUUCAAUGCCCCAACAAUCAAUGAGAAUGCUGUACUCAUCAUCGGUGAAAAUGUGGAAAACAGGGACAUAGUACUGAAGCGUCGGAAUAAUGGUGAACUGCAACGCGUAUGUGAGAUACAUCGUUCAUACGACGCAUUACAGUAUCCACUUAUGUUUUGCCAUGGAGAAGAUGGAUAUCAUCUACAUAUAAGAAUGAUCAAUCCAUUGACAGAUAAAGUACAUCCAGACCAAAUCGACAACAUAAUAAGCGCGGAGAUUCCCGAUUCAGAAAUCGAUCCUGAAUUGUUCGAUAUUGUUACAACACAUAUGAUGCACGGUCCUUGCGGUCAACACAACCCAGAAUCACCAUGCAUGGCUGGAAAUAAAUGUACAAAACGAUAUCCACGUCCAUUGCACGCAGAGACUAUCUCCGGAAACGAUGGAUAUCCACUGUAUCGGCGUCGUUCCCAAGAGGACAAUGGUAAAAAUAUAACAAUGAAAGUGAAAGGAAACAAUGUUGUUGUUGAUAAUAGCUGGAUUGUUCCGUAUUCGCCACUGCUCUCCAAAACCUUCAAAACACAUUGCAAUAUUGAAUUAUGCAACUCAAUCAAAUCAAUAAAGUACGUUUGCAAGUACGUGAACAAAGGUAGCGAUAUGGCAGUUUUUGGAAUUGAUGCCCCUGAUGCUAACGACGAGGUGACGCGAUAUCAGUUAGGCCGUUACGUGAGUUGCAAUGAGGCUAUUUGGAGAAUUUUUUCAUUCCCGAUUCACGAACGUCACCCGACAGUCGUCCAUUUAGCAGUCCAUCUAGAAAACGGACAACGUGUCUAUUUUACGGAAGCAAAUGCAGCCCAAAGAGCGGAACGAGCCCCUAACACGACACUGACAAGUUUUUUAAACAUCUGCCAGAUUGAAUUGUGGAACAAGUACAAGGACUAUAUGGCUGACGACAUAUUGCAUCGAGUUCGUACAACCACUUUAAAUUACCAACUUAAAAUGGACGAUGGGAUACACAACGAGGCGUUGCUUUUGAUUGAAGACCUGUGUUUGCUCAUGAGCGGCAGUUCGUUGGACAAACUAGGCAUGGCAGCACCGAAUCGUGCAAUGCACGAUGCAUUGAACCGAGAGUUAGAACGUGAACGAGAAUACGAUAUAGACGCAUUGAACCAGGAAGUUAGAACUAAAAUUCCGUUAUUGACUAACCAGCAAAAGGACGUAUACGACACAUUGCUGAAAGCGGUUGACGAGGGAAACGGAGGCAUUUACUUCUUCGAUGCGCCUGGCGGAAUUGGCAAGACGUUCCUGAUUUCAUUGUUGUUGGAUUCAGUAAGAUCGAGAUCGGAAGUUACAGUGGCUGUUGCAUCCUCAGGGAUUGCAGCAACAUUGUUAGAAGGUGGUCGUACAGCUCAUUCCGCGUUUAAGCUGCCAUUGAAUCUCCAACUGAGUGACGAACCGACAUGCAACAUUUCGAAAAAUUCAGUCAUGGCAAAAGUGUUGCAGAAUUGUAAAAUUAUCAUCUGGGAUGAAUGCACAAUGGCAAACAAACGAGCAUUGGAGGCACUCGAUAGAACAAUGAGAGAUCUACGAAGUAACGCAAGAAACUUUGGAGGGGCACUUAUUGUGUUGGCAGGCGAUUUUCGACAAACGCUUCCCGUUAUUCCGCGAUCAACGGCAGCAGAUGCAAUCAACGCUUGCCUUAAGCUUUCUCAUUUGUGGCGUUUUGUGAAGAAGCUGAAAUUGACAACCAACAUGCGAGUACUGAUGCAAAAUGAUUCGUCCGCAGAUGUGUUCUCAAAUCAAUUGUUAGCCAUUGGUAAUGGGGAAAUACCAUUCGAUGUUUGCAACGGAUUGAUUACACUGCCGCCGAAUUUCUGCCAUUACACAACGACGAAAGAGGAACUGAUUACUAAUGUAUUCCCAAAUAUCGUACACAAUUAUACAAAUUACGAUUGGUUGAGUGCACGUGCUAUUUUGGCAGCAAAAAAUAUAGAUGUUGAUGAGUUGAACUUCGCAAUUCAAAAUGCAAUUCCUGGACAAUUGAGUUAA